CCCAAAGACUUUGGGCAACAGCGGCAGCGAUCCAACCGAUUCCAUGUCAGCACUUACAGAAAACAUAGCACAGGAAGGCAGGAAGUCAAACUUGUUGCCACUGCGAUUACAACUUUCAAACAUAAACGCCACAAGUACAUUUGGAAAUAUAGGGAUUCUUACUUUCUUUUUCAUAUUGCCAGCUGGUCUUUAGCGAUGGACAAGCUUCGUCGUGUUUUAAGCGGUCAAGAGGACAACGAAGAGUUGGGUCUCACUGACCAGGUCCUUGAUGCCAGCACUCUGAGCUACAGCACCAGGGUGAAAUGGUUCGUCAUAUGCUUUGCAGGGGGCAUCCUGUGUUCGAUACUCGGUUCAGCACUGCUUUUCCUUCCAAAUGGAAUGAAGCUUUUCGCCGUCUUCUACACGUUAGGGAACAUCGCUGCUCUUUCCAGCACCUGCUUCCUAAUGGGACCACUAAAUCAGCUGAAGCGCAUGUUCGAUCCAAAAAGACUGAUAGCCACCAUUGUCAUGCUGCUCUGCCUCGUCUUAACUCUUUGUGCAGUGUUUUGGUGGCAUAAAAGGGGGCUGGCUAUCAUCUUCUGUAUCAUGCAGUUUUUGGCAAUGACAUGGUAUAGCAUCUCUUACAUUCCAUUUGCCAGGGACGCUGUGAUGAAGCUCUUCACUACCUGUGUGAGUUAGGACCCCACGGCUGUGAAGACUUGUCCUAAUAUGCAAACUGUAAGAGCAGUGACUGUAAAAUAUACAUCUAUGUUGUUUAUACAUUAUAUCUCCAGAUUUUUACUAUGGCUUGUUUCAUACUGUGAAUUCUUGCUUUUUUUCAAGUUUAGCUUUAGGUCUGUAACUAUAUUCCCAUUAUAACCCCUUUUUUCUUUUGAUGUCAGAGUGCCUUUUCAAUUCUUAAUAUAUUUCAAGAUUUCCCUAUGUUUCAUAAGAAUUUUAAACUAAAUGAGUACAGGUAAAUUAUUAUGAAUUUACAAAGCAAAGUCCUUUACAUUAUUAUAGAUAUAACCUGUAAAUAUAUCUGUUGACAAUGAAAAACCAUACAUAUUGACGUUUUGAACUGUAGAUUUUGAAAUGAUCUUCUUACCUCUUGUACACAAACAGAAGCGAUCUGUUUUCUUUGCAAGGCUCGGAUGUGUAAAGAGGCUCUCGGAUGCUCUUCCAUGUUUAUAUAUGAUUAUUUUCCCUUAGGCCAUUGAGGCAUUGCUUCACUGAUGAUGCACUGGGAUAUAUGAUAUCCAGAGAUUAAAAGCGCAGCUCCUGUCUAGCCUGUUUGUCUGCAUGUGUAUUUGAACACACCUGCCCCCCCUUAGCUUGUCAAAUUACAUUAAAAUGGCCUCUUCUGCUUUAAAUGAGAUUUCCUAGAUGUAGAUAUGUCCGCAUUAAUUACGCCCUUUCUGAGCAUUGUGAUUUUAUGUGACCUAAUAACCUAGAAUCGCUUGCGCCGAGUUCCCUGUAGUGCUUCGGCAUGAUGGCAUAGCCUUUGAGGAUGUGGUCGUCAUGACAACCUCCCCCGGAAGAUUCACAACCUCAGCCUUCCCCCAUCUGUGGUGCAGAUGUUCACAUUAUCCUCAUGAGGAGUUGAGGGUUUUCUGAAUAAAACGCCAUUUAGUCAUGGAUCUCUCCCCAGAUAGUGAACAAAUAUUUAAUAGCAUUUAUUUAUCAAUCAAAAGCCACAUUAAGGACCAAGCGCACCCUGUUUCCCUGUGUACAAGCAGCAGGGUUUGCUCAAGGUUUACCCAACACGCCUCUAGGUUUCUUUGUACUUCACGCGACUAAGUAACUACAUUGCACUUCCUGUUGUUCUGCCCCCACAUAGUUUCAUUAGAUGCGUGUAUAAUGUGGUGGAUUAGCAUGGGCAAAAUCUCCCCCAGUACUACUUGUUCAACUAACUUGGCGCAGACCGAGCAAAUCCUUGAGCAAUUAAUCUGAGGGAUAAAAUCAUUUUGUCGAGCGAAGGGAGGGUGGUUGUUUUGUGAUCCCACUAUUUUUGGAUUACGCUGAAGUUUUAAGGUUGAAGAGAAAGAACCCCUGACCUCUGCAAUCUGUUGCAGUCUCCCAACUGUUUUCUUUUUAUUACAUCUAAUCCAUUGUUAUGUCAGAGGAGCGGGAUCCCACGCACAACAACCAAUGAAUCAAAAACAAAUCUGAGUCCCCUUCCGAUAAAUAAUCCAGCGCAUCAUUCAUGUCAUGAAGAAUAAAUAACACUCCAUUAUAAUGUUUAUUUUUUUACUAUUCAAGUGAGUUGGCCUAAAUAGAUAUUUGAUUGAAAAAGAUCAUAAGUUUCCUUUGAAAGUAUGAACCGCCAUGGGCCCAAUGUUACACAUGCCAAAUGUUAUUUCCUUUUCACUUAAAUUCCUAAUUUCUAUGUGGUUAUCAUGGAGCAAUUUAAUAAUGCACGGUAAAUGUUUCAUAAACUGUAAAAGAUCUACAUCCUCAGGCAAUUUCAAAUAAACAGUCCAAAAAAAA